GACUCCACUCGCAUGCCAUUGUCCACGAAUCCCCCGACCAAUGUUUAUCUAACCUCCUCCGUAAGCGCCCUUCUCAUUCCAGUGCGCGAUGUGACCUUUCCAAAAGGCACCCGGGAGCUUUUCCAAGCUCAAACUUUCGUUGCACAAUCGGAGCAAUAUUAGCCUCCUCAACUGGAUCCUAAUCAUGAGAUAAUUUGAACACUUACCUACUUUACCAAAUGUGCGUUUAUGGUACCUGUGUGAAGUGACGCAAUUUAAGUGGGGAUCGUAAGGAAAUCAAAGAGCUGAAACCAACACGAGCUACCUAGCACGUUCUUUCGAGGUGCUCACGAGCCGCCGUCACUGGACCGCAGCACGGAAUCAAGCCCUAAGGAUGGAGCUUUCGAAGGACUAGCAGUAGAAAAUGAACCGGUACAUCACACUGAACCAGUUGGGCGAUGGGACUUACGGCUCCGUCGUCCUUGGCCAGAGAAUCGACACGGGUGAAAAAGUAGCAAUCAAAAGGAUGAAGCGGAAGUAUUACUCAUGGGAGGAAGCGAUGAACCUGAGGGAGGUGAAGUCUUUGAAGAAACUAAGUCAUGCAAAUUUGGUGAAAUUAAAGGAAGUGAUUCGUGAAAAUGACACACUGUACUUCGUUUUCGAGUACAUGAAAGAGAAUUUAUAUCAACUUAUGAAAGAAAGGGAUCGGCUAUUCCCGGAGCCUGUGAUACGGAACAUGCUGUACCAGGUGCUACAGGGGUUGUCUUUCAUGCACCGGCACGGGUUCUUCCACCGGGACCUGAAGCCGGAGAAUCUGCUGUGCUGUGGCCCGGAGCUGAUCAAGAUCGCAGACUUCGGGCUGGCGCGGGAGGUCCGCUCCCGGCCGCCCUACACGGACUACGUGUCCACCCGUUGGUACCGCGCUCCGGAGGUCCUCCUCCACUCGACCACCUACAACAGCCCCAUCGACCUCUGGGCCGUCGGCUGCAUCAUGGUCGAACUCUACACCCUCCGACCCCUCUUCCCCGGCAACAGCGAGAUCGACCAGAUCUUCAAGAUUUGCUCCAUCCUCGGAACGCCGGACAAGCGAGACUGGUACGAGGGUUACCAAUUGGCGGCCGCCAUGAAUUUCAAAUUUCCGCAAUUCGUGCGUGUGCCCCUGAAUACAAUAGUGCCAAAUGCAUCACACGACGCCAUAGUCCUUCUAGAAGCUCUCCUUCAUUGGAACCCCUCCAAGAGGCCAACAGCUCAACAUGCUUUGAGACAGGCGUAUUUCCAAGUCGGGCAUCGGCUCAACAGCCAUCAUCGGCACGAGUUAGCCGCCACCGACCGCAACCUAUCGAUCAAGUCAAAUCCAGCUCGAACUACACUUACCAUCGUCCCCAAACAGAUCACGCUCCACGAGAGGGACUUCAAUGAGAUUUUAAGGCCCUUGGUGAGUGACAUGAGUUAUCUCUCUGUUAGCAGCAAAAUAAUGCCCCCAGUGAAACAGUCGAUGAAGGAGAACCGAGGCUGGUAUGAGCGGCACGAGAAGGAGUCUCCGAUUAAAAAGCUCAGCGCCAAACAGCACUAUCUAUCGGUGGCGAGGUACGUCACUGGACAAUCAACUAAUUUAGCCGCCAAUGAAAGGUUCUCUGCCCAGAAAAAGCCGUUGUUGCCUCAGCAGAACUACUUGACGAACAUGAAUAACAUCUCUUCUUAUAAUAAAGCAGCACAGCCACUCUCUACCUCUGCAAGAGUUCCGAGCAAUGGUCGUGUUGACUGGGCGGCAAAAUAUUUAAAAUGAGGGCAAAAGUCGGUGCGCCUAUGACCACGAGAAGAAUCAAACAUAUUUGACUGUGAGGUCGAUGCAUUGAUGAAGUUUGCUUUCGAUGCUAAAUUUUAAAAUGAUUAAUUUUAUACGAGUUCCUUUCCAAUUUUUCUAUUUGCCAAGAUUGUUUUUCAUAAUGUUUUUAACUUUAAGAGAGAUUUUGUGUUUCAUGAUGGUUGUUCCUGAGGUAUUUGUAUAGGUUUUGUAAAGGCACACGAUUUCAAGUUGAUAGUUGCCGGCUAUAAGUCAAGGUGUUAGAAAGCGAUUCCUUGACUCUUUUUUAAGACAAAAAGUAAGCUUUUUGUAAGAUUUGAGAUUUAUUAAAUGUAAAUAAAUGUUUUAACAAUCGUCAA